CGCGUUUGUUAUUGGAGUUACCUCCCUUGUUCACGAACUUUCAACAUGGAUGCGCCCAUGCAUGUGUCCAGUCUAGAUGUGAUUCAGCAGGUUGAGCAUUAGCCCGAGUUUUCCUCUGGCCCUGACACCAGACUUAAAGUCAGUGCAGGCAAUUCACCAUGAUACCCACCCAAUGACAAUGGGGUAGUCGACCGUUGAAAGCCCUGGACCCUCUCAUCCGGACACGAAGAAAAACAUUAUUUUGGCACUGAUUUGGAAGAAAACUAGUGGUUGUGGAACUAAUUGAUGAUGGCAGGACUUGGGUCAGUACAGCAGAAGAUUUCCUGCGUGUUUGAGACAAAAGUCCUGAAUGAGCCAUCAAAGAAGAGGUCCUAUCAACAAUACAAUGUGGUGGCAACUAAUACCGUUAGACCAGCGGCCAGAAAGGAUGGGAUAGCCACAGCGAUAGCCACAGAGAAACUGGAUGGCACCUGUGUCUUUAUAUCAGAAUUCCAAGGCAAACCGUGGUUGUGGGCUCGCUUAGACAGAAAGCCAAACAAGGCUGCAGACAAACGCUUUAAGAAGUUCCAGACCCAGCAACAGCAAGGGGAAGGGGAUCCUGGUCCUAAAGAGAAAUUAGAUGUCACAUUCCAUUGGGAGGUUCCAGGCAACUUCAAGGAAGUUCCUGAGCAUUGGAUUCCAGCUUCAGGUGUUCCGAUAGUUAACGGACAGCCACAGCCAGACGCUAACGGACACAUUCCUGGAUGGGUGCCUGUUGAUCUGAAGUCUCGCCAGCACUGUUGGCACCUGACUGCCGUUGACCUGGCACACAACAUUGGACUCGUUCUCAGAGAAAAGACAGAUGAAGGGAGAGAACUACAGGUGGACCUAGUGAAUCUGUCUGAGCUGAUGGGAAAAACAGCAGAAUUGAUUGGCACCCACAUCAAUGCCAAUCCUUACGGGAUAGGGAACAAAGCCACACCCCUCCACCUAAUGGUGCUGCAUGGCAGUGUACGGGCAGCGGUCCCGAGGGGGGUCCACCUGGAGGAAGUGAGGGCGUGGUUAGAAGGCAAUGAGCGUGGACGUGUUGAGGGUUUAGUGUGGCACUGUGGGCCUGGCUCCCUAUAUAAGCUACAUCGUCACCAUGUAAACCUGCCUUGGCCAAUCAGUGACCCUGCUUUAAGUCAUCGCCCAGUUACUGUGGCAGUUGACUUAACAACAUAUGAAGUGGAGGAAGACAAGAAAUCGUGUUUGUGGACCUUAUCAAAACUGAAUGGACAGACAUGUGACUCACUUCCUGCUAUAGUCGGGCUCCUAGACUCGCUGUCCAGCCAGUCCUAGCCCCCCGCCAAGCUCUGUAUAAUACCAGGAGAACAAGGCCUCCUGGAAUCACUGUCCAGCCAGUCCUAGCCACCCGCCAAGCUCUGUAUAAUAACAGGAUAACCAUGCCUCCUGGAAUUACUGUCCAGCCAGACCUAGCCCCCCGCCAAGCUCUGUAUAAAAACAGGAGGACAAUGCCUCCUGGAAUUACUGUCCAGACAGUCCUAGCCCCCCGCCAAGCUCUGUAUAAUAACAGAAGAACAAUGCCUCCUGGAAUCACUGUCCAGCCAGACCUAGCCCCCCGCCAAGCUCUGUAUAAUAACAGGAGACCAAUGCCUCCUGGAAUCACUGUCCAGCCAGACCUAGCCCCCCGCCAAGCUCUGUAUAAAAACAGGAG